ACCACAGCCUCGUGCGAAGAAUUGCUAUGUUCACUUCACAUCACCGCCCACAAUGUGCAAUCUUCUCAAUUUCAGGACUCCUACUAGGGUGCCAUGCCAGACCCCAAUAACUACACUGUUGGCUGGAUUUGUGCAGGAUUUGUGGAAUACCUGACUGCUCAAAGUGUUCUCGAUGAACAUCAUGAAGAUCCGGGAUUCAAAGAACACAGUGACAUUUAUACCUUAGGCCGGGUUGGGGAGCACAAUGUCGUUCUCGCCUUGCAGCAACCUAGUACUGCUACAAGAGUUGCUGAGAACUUGGUACGCGAGUUCACGAACGUGCGAGUCUACCUAUUCGUGAGCAUUGGCGGCGGCGCACCAAGCCAGAGGCAUGACGUUCGCCUAGGCGACGUAGUGGUCGGCUUCGCUGGUUACAACACUGGAAGUGUCCUCCAAUACGACUAUAGGAAGACUAUCCUUAAAAACAAAUUGGUCACCCGAGGAGUUUUACAGCCUCCGUCGAUGCCGAUACAAGAAGCAAUAGAAGAACUCCGAACCAAGUAUCGAAACAAGAGCUUCAAACUUCAAGACACCAUCACGACGUUCUUUAAGAACAACCCAGAUCUAAAGCUACCAAACCCUGACACUGACAAGCUUUACGUGUCCUCAUUCACUUAUAACAGAGGCGAUAAAUCUGGAUUGAUUCCGAGAAGCCCACGGUUCAAGAAUGAGAGGGCCCCUGCCGUACACAAUGGAUUUAUUGCAUCGGGGGAUAGGACGAUUCAGGAUGCUGAGAUUCGAGAUCAACUCGCAUUCAAGAAACACAUUCUGUGCUUUGAAACGGGAGCUUCAAGAUUAUUAAAUUGUUUCCCCUACCUUGUUAUUUGUGGCAUAUGUAACUACUGUGAUACGUACAAGGGCACGGAAUGGGAGACCUACGCAGCCAUAGCGGCAGCCGCCCAUGCGAAAGCUCUCCUCGGCGCAACAGCACCGAGUAGAGUAGAAGCUGGGAGCAAACUCAGCAAAAUUCUUUCUGAUGUGCAAGGAGAUGAAGAACGUACCAGAAAUUGGCUCUCGCCGUCCAAUCCGUCCGUCAAUUUGAACAGAGCACUACGCCAUCGCCAUCCAGGAACAGGCGCUUGGUUCCUUCAACACCCAAGAUAUUUAGACUGGAAGCUAACGACAAAUUCCCUUCUUUGGCUUACCGGAAUCCCUGGAUGUGGAAAGACGAUCCUAGCUUCAAGUGUAAUUAAGGAUCUUAAGAAAACUCAUUCCAACAAUCUCGUUUACUUCUACUUUGACAUUCGCGACCCCUAUCAACGAAAUCACAAUGACAUGCUUCGAUCGCUUGUUAUGCAACUCUACAGGAAAGAAACGGAGGCCCGAGGUCACCUAGACUCACUUUACUCGGCAUGUGAAGAUGGCCAGAAGCAUCCAACCCUUGAGUCGUUACGUAUAGCUUUCCAGAAGAUGGUCCAACAGAUCGGCGAAGUUUGGAUCAUCCUCGACGCACUUGAUGAGUGUAUUACGGACAGCGAAGGUCAAGUUGAAGAGUUGUUUCUUCUAGAGAUCAAAGAGCUCCGAAGAAUGCAUGGGGAUGUUCACAUUCUUGUCACAAGUCGACAGGAGCCAUAUAUCAAAUCGACCGUCAAGAGCUUCAUCAAUACCCAAUCCAUUUUCCGUAUCUACAGCAAUUUAAUCAGGAAAGACAUAGGCGCUUAUGUUUACUCAAGAACAUUGUCAGCACGGAACUGGAAUAUAAAUGAACAGAGCAAGAUUGAAAAUCUGCUAGUGAAAAGAGCGGAUGGGAUGUUCCGCUGGGUUUCAUCCCAGCUUGAUGCGCUUGAAAUAUCUUCUAAGGCCCGCUCCAUAGAAGAGACUCUCGCGUCCUUGCCGAAGGCAUUGGAGGAGACUUACACACGCAUCUUAACCAACGUGACUCUCCAGCGUCGGCAUCAUACGCGAAUCCUGCAAUUCUUGGUUUACUCCGAACGGUCGUUACGUAUCGCGGAAAUUGUUGAUGCCUUGGCAACAGUGCCAACCAUAUCUCGGUCCAAUCCGUACGCUAGAUUCACCAAGCUAGAAGACAUCCUUAGAUGUUACCCUGGUUUCGUCGUAAUUACAAAUUGGAGAGACGAUGAAUCUCAACUAGAAAUUGGUCUCGCACAUCACUCAAUCAGGGAUUUCUUGAUGUCACCGAAGAACGAAAUCCCUCCCCAACUGAGGGAAACAACUGCUAGAGCAUCUAUUGUAGAAGUAUGCUUAACAUACCUACUACAUCUGGAACCUGGCCUUCCAAUACAGGAGCUCAGACGAACCUAUCCUAUGGCACAGUACGCUGCACAAUAUUGGAUGGUACAUGCUUCCAAGAGUGAACAUGCAGUCCAAGGUUCGAUUCUUAGGUUCUUCAAAUCCCAAGAAUCAUUUUGCACUUGCUAUCGACUGUACAGCCCGGACAGGCCAUGGAGAAAAGACAACGAAUACUAUAAGCCACCACCCGUUUUAUAUUAUGCAUCGCUCACAGGGCUCUUCAUAUGUGUGCAGAGAUUGCUCAUCGAAGGCGCUGACUUGGGUGCUCAAGGCGGAUUAUAUGGCAAUGCCCUCCAGGCUGCUUCAUACAAGGGCCAUAUAAAUGUGGCCAAUCUACUCGUGGACUAUGGGGCCGAUAUCAACGCGGAAGGUGGAAAAUUUGGCAACGCCCUCCAAGCUGCUGUCACCAAACGGCACGCAAAUAUUGUCAGAAUGCUCCUAGCUCAUGGAGUUCACAUAAAUGCCCAAGGUGGAAAAUACGGCAAUGCCCUUCAUGCCGCUGUAUGCAAAGGAUACACAGACAUUGUCAGGAUGCUACUAGCAUAUGGAGCCGACCCCAAUACUCAAAGCGGAAUUUAUGCCAAUUCUCUCCAAGCUGCUUCGUCUAAAGGAUACGCAGAAAUUGUUAAAACGCUGGUCGAACAUGGAGUCGACAUUAAUUCUCAAGGUCAAUCUGCCCUUUAUGCUGCUUCGUAUGCUGGACACAUAGAAAUUGUCAAAAUGCUAUUAGGUUAUAGAGUCAAAACCGACUCUCAGACUCAACCUGCUCUAUAUGUUGCUUCCUACGAAGGGCACGCAGACAUCGUCACGGUGCUACUCGAAUAUGGGGUUGAUACCAAUUCUCAAGGUCAAUCUUCCCUCCAUGCUGCUUCAUAUAAAGGACACACAGAAAUUGUCAGGACACUACUCAAGCACGGUAUCAACACUAUUUCCCAGCGUCAACAUGCACUACAUGUUGCAUUACAUGAAGGGCACGCAGAAAUUGUCAGAAUACUGCUAAAAUAUAGGGUUGACACCAAUUCACAAGUUCAAUGUACACCCUUUGCUACUGUACGCGCCGAGCACAAGAAUAUCGACGAUGUAUCUCAAGAACGCAGGGCUGACUUGAACGUCACUGGUGAAGAACAUGACAAUGCCAUGCAGAGUCCUUCAAGUAAAGGAUAUAAGAACAGCGACCGGAUACCAUCAAAUGGUGUCAUAGACGAAAGUGCAGCAGACCGAGAACUGCAUUCUCCACGGACCAUCAAGGAUGCUCUUGAAGCAGGCAAUAUUGAAGUCCUCCAUGGAUUGAUCGCAGACCAGUUUGAUCAAGUUACGGUUGGUGAAUAUUUCUGGCUCAAGGAAUUAAAGGAGUUCGGUUACAGUUCAAACGAAAUAGCAGAUCUUGUCUUCGAGCAAUACAACGACUCACCUUGGAUCUUUUUCGAACCAAUGCCGCACGUCGAGGCAAAUGCUCGGCCAGACUUCCAUUUAACUAAUUGUUCACAUCAUGUUUUGGAUCAUACCUUGAAUCACAACUCCUCAUCACCGAGUUUGGCCGUAGGAUCACACACCGCAAUAAAUGAUGAAGAUAUCAUGCGGCUAGUGCACGAGUCAUGUGGUAUAGCUGGAGUCAGUCCGCAAUCUCGCGAACAACAGUCUUGGACCGGGUUUGUUGAGUUCCACGCCAACAAUGCAGCUCUUGUCUCGUAUGGAUCUAAAGAAAACGGCGAGCAAUACCACCAACCCUUGCUUACUAGAAUAUGUGAGGCAUUAUCAAGACUCUGUACAGCUGUGAGUAGGGUCCAGGAUUCAGGGUUGUGCUGCAAUUGUUUCACCAUCGCUGUGCGGCCGGAGACGACGGUUGAUCCUUCAAUACAACUCCGUCGACUUCCCCUGCGGUUAGCAUCUGAUUUAUUAUCGAUCCUCCAAGAGGGCAUGGCCGACGAAAAUAAGGUGGAUAGAUUGAUGUACAAAGCUGCUAGUUACGCCUCAGAAAUAGUCAAUUUUGUCGUGCCCACGACAUUUUCUGGCGUUGAGGGAGACACAGAAACAUUUCUACAUCGUUGCUCUCUAGCCACACAACUCUUGUGUGUAGGCUUCGUUUCGUAUGCCCAGGCACAUGUUGGGCCGAUCCAGCUUUCUUUUCUAGACGUGGAGCUCAAGAAAAUCUAUCUGCUAGGAUCCCGCGGGUUUCCGACUGACUGCAUCAGUGUUGAACUAGUCAGUCUCACAUGCAUAGGCGAGAUGAUUCAUGAUCAGGCAAUCACAUUUGGGCUGCUCCAACCAGCUGAAGAACAAGCAGAAGUUACGGAGCAGAAGUUCUCCGUAAGCACAAACAUUGGCGAUCUUCUCGAUACUUGGGGGCCUGGAAAACUCAUCGUCCGCAAAGACGAUCCCACUCACGUAUCGGCAAUUCGGCUUGGAUCAGGCAUGAUUUGGUGUUCCGAUACAGAGAAAUGUAUUUUCCACUGGAGUCAAGUCCCGCCCAGCGAACCGCCGGAACCUAUACGCAUCUCACCAGACACUCAAUUGGUGAUUGGUUCGUUGGUCACUUGGAACAAAGGUUGCAAGACUGAGAUAGAGCAAUGUUGGACAAGAAAUGUUCACCACCUUGAGCAGCUAGGGACCCACAAGCCAUACUGGGAGGAUGCUGAGUGGCAAGUAGGUCUACAGGCUGGGCAAUAUGCAAUAGUACAGGUAAACCAUACAUGGUCUAAGAUACACGGUCAAAGCUUGAAGCAAUGUCGACUACAGCAGGACGAUAAGACACUAGUAUUCUUCCUUGAAGAACCCUGGGGUCUGCAAAUAAGCUAUUGUACGGGCGUCGCCCGAAGAGUACCGCUCCGCGAAGUCGUUGCAGAUUUACUGGACAUCUUCCUCUCUAUUUACAACACCACCAAAAUGGACCGUGAGAUCUGGGAGGAACUGAGAAAACUCGGUAUCAUUGAGGCCCUUCGAAGACCAAACUUCAACGAAUUUCUAUCACAGCUCGAAUCGCGUUUCAACCCAGACACGAAAGUCGAGGAAGCUAUCAUACAAAUGAUAAGGACAAUACUGCGCGCACUUGAGCCCACGGGCAUUCACCAAGGGAAGCUAAUUGUCGCAUGCUUCUGGGGACAGGAGAUUUUCCGUUGUUUUAAAAUCCCUUGUCAAAACGACCAUGCCUGGGCCAACGUGCUAGCUGACUCCGAAGACUGCGCUACCUUUGCGUAUAUGUCGACCCGAUGCCUGGAAACCAAGAAGAUCGCGUGUCCAAGGACCAAUAACGCAUGGAAAAAUAGAGUGCUGCUCAUGCAGACCUCCAUCGUUUUAUGCUCAGCGCCGGAACCGUUAUCCCAAAGCUUACAGGACAAGCAGAUCUACUUCUUUGACAAGUUCGAGAGAGAGAUUUUUGUCCUAGCGCGGAAGCCGGAGCAAGCUAUCGUGGCGGAACUUACCAUGACUUCCUUCCGAGACACCCCUAGGACGUUCAUACUGCGUUUGAAAGCUAAGGACGGGAGGAACAAGCAUCGCGGCAGGAUCCGAGAGAUGCAGAAGGUAGAGGAAUCUGGAGAGCCUGUCUUUGUGUUAUGAGGCGAUGUGUUACUUUUUGAUUUUGUUACGACUGGACGAACUUUGCUAACAUAAUGACUAUAUAUACACCAUAGGUGAACUGAUGUAAGGAUCCAGGAGAUCACAUCAAAGGGAAAAUAAGUAUUUCGUCCCAAAGUUAAUUGCAUAGAAAACUAGGUAUCGAACCAUUAACCUACCUUCCUAUAUCCACUCCAACCGUCAUCCCGCGGCAACAAGACUACCGUGUACCCGCCCCACUUCCCCCUGAAGUAACAUGCCCAAAUGAAGUGUACUUCCAACUACACCACAGCAGACGCGAACGAUAUUGUUAGAAGCCUCCUCUGUGAGAACUGAUAGCCAGAUAUCUCGCGAGGAUUAGCUAGUAACCCAGAAGGAUCGGGAGUCGGCUUGUACGAGGCCCCCUUGUUGGCAGCUGG